AUGUCAGCCUCUUCCUACGUUCAAGUCCCUCGUGAAGGGAACCCAUCACCCAACAUUGUACAUCAGAGCACCACAUACUCAGAGCAAAUGAACGCCUGGCUGCGAGAGGAUCAUAAAGAUAUGCCGUGGCACAUCAUUGAUUCAAUUGUAACGUCUAGCACCAACACAUCUGAGUCCAACCCGAACACCAACGCUUCACACAACCCUAUCACUCAGGGCAGCGCCAAGUAG